GGUUUCUUUAGUUUACGAGAUUCCUCUGACUAUAACUGUAAUUAUGACUUCCAAAUGGGAAAGAAUAAAGGACAAUGACGGUUUUGCAGCGGAAGAUGUUAGACGAGAGCAAGAAUGGAGGAAACGAAGAAAGUUGGAAAAACAGAAAAAACAGGCUGAGCUUCUGCACAAGGAAAGCUAUUCAUCGUUUGACGUAAGAUCGUUCAUACUCAAUCAGUCCGGUCAGUUACAUUCUUGUGAUUCGAUUGAUUCCUACGAAGUUCUAAACAAAAUUGAGGAGGGCUCUUAUGGUAUCGUCUACAGGGCCAGGGAUAAAAGAAACAAAAAUAUCAUUGCUUUAAAAAAAGUGAAACUUGAAAAAGAUUAUGUUGAAGGUUUCCCCAUAACAAGUCUUCGUGAGAUCCAAUCACUAAAACUUGUUCAGCAUGACAACAUUGUCAAACUCUUAGAUGUUGUCACUGGGCGUUCGGGGAAAGAUGUAUAUUUGGUCAUGGAAUUUAUGGAACACGAUUUGGCAACUCUACUGAAAGAUAUGCCAGAAGAUUUCCUUCAGUCCGAGGUAAAAACGCUCAUGCUUCAAUUAUUGGCAGCAGUCGCGACUCUACAUCACCAUUGGUUUGUUCACAGAGACCUUAAACCCUCCAAUCUGCUCAUGAAUAAUACAGGGGAAAUUAAAAUUGCUGACUUUGGACUUGCGCGAUCCUUGGGUGAACCAAAACCUCAGUUAACACGUUUAGUCGUUACACUAUGGUAUCGUGCUCCUGAGCUAUUGCUUGGUGCACCUUCCUACGGAAAGGAAAUAGACAUGUGGAGUGUCGGUUGCAUUUUUGCAGAGCUUCUAACUCGUUCUCCUCUCUUCAAUGGCCGAUCAGAAUUGGAUCAGCUCAGUAAGAUAUUUAACUUCCUAGGCUAUCCUACACACGAAAGUUGGCCUCAAUUCUUCUUACUUCCUCAUGCAUCUCAAGUAAAACAACCGUCUGUGAAGUCUCAGCACAGUCAAUUGCGGUCUGCGUUUCCCUUUCUUACAGCUGCCGGCCAUGACCUACUAUCGCGAUUGUUAACACUCAAUCCUGCCCACCGUAUCACGGCCGAGGAAGCGCUACAACAUCCAUACUUCACCGAAGCACCACGGCCCAAAGACCCGCGAUUCUUUCCUACGUUUCCCAGCAAGGCGAAGGGGGAACACCGGAAAGAAUGGAACAGACGGAGUGAUGAAGAAUACACUCACACUCAACGACCGCCUAACUAGAAGAGAAUUACUUACGUCCCCACAUCACA